ACAAAAUACGCAAUGAAUUCAACUCAAUCAUCAGAAGGUAAUAAACACGUUGGACAAAAUGAUCACCAUAUAAACAUUAGCGAAGAUGGUAGUAGCUCCAAACUAAUAGGUGCCGUUAUUGGUGGACUACUAGGAGCAUGUUCUGUAAUAGCUUUGUUGGUUGUACUGAUCGUCUGCAAAUUUAGGUCAAUUGGAGUUUUUAAAGAAUCUUCAACAAAUGAUCAAGAAGAACCCAGUCAGAUGGAAUUUUCAAAGGCAACGUACCAAGAUUCAAAUAUUGCAAAAGAUAACAAAAGUACAAAACCAACAUCUAACGAGACGUAUGGACUAGUUGAAAAUAGUACAGCAGUGUAUGCCGUAGUAAAUAAAAUAAAGACACCGCAAAACAAUAACGAGACCUUCACUGAUGCAGGAUAUGGAGAAUAUGAUCAUUUACAUGAUAUACAAAAUCGGAGAAUUAUUCAUCAGGAAAAUAUGUACCAUAGUCAUAAUGCACCGCAAAAUGAAGAAGACCAAACAUAUGAUAGCUCAAACUUCUCUAAAGGGAAAUGCAAUGAUGGAAACAGUUUAUAUGAUCAGUCGUGUUCAUUGGUUGAAGGGGAAUAUUCAUAUUCAACAAAUAAGAAUCUCGAUAACAGUAAUACCAUGGGCAUAUACGACAAAAUAUCUUAAUUUCAUUUCAUAUUUUAUUUUUGUACAUAUUUUUUUUUUCUACAGUUUUCUGAACAACGUGUACACUUUGCUUCCUAUGUUGAACGCACGUAUAUAAAAAAAACACGAUUUGUUAUACUACAUUUAUUAUAUACAUGAAUUACACAUUGUAACAUUUGUAAAAUUUCAAAAAUAACCAGUUUUGUUACAGAUGGAUAAAGUUAUUUGUAGGAUUGUGCCAAUAGAGGCCUAUCUUAAAUAAGAAUAACUUCCCUGCAUAGGAGAUGAUUGACACCUGUCUGUUUGUAAAGUUUUUAUGUUCGGCGAAAUUGUAGUCUCAUCAAUACAAACCCUCAGCAAUUAUAUCUGGAGCAUUGGAUCCGAUUUUUUCCCAAACCACAAGAUGUUGUUGUUGUUGUUGUUGUUGUUGUUGUUGUUAUUGUAUCGUAUUUAUUUUAUGAACAUACUAUUACUGUCAAUGCUGAAGUUUAAUUUUCUUAUUCAGUGACAAGAUAUAAAACUAUUUGCACUUUUUCAAUGUGAAGCAGGUACACAUUUUAUAUAUUAUAAAGUUUAUAUUUAACUUAAAAUAAAAUU